AUGAGGUUUGUCCAAUAUAUUCCGACUGGAAUUCCAAACGAAGAUGGUGAGUUCCCGGGAAGGAACUAUACAGUUGGAAAAGUCAUACAACAACUGUAUGAUAUUAGGAAAGCUUCAAACCCCAAACUUGCAAUGACACUCAAAUUGCUUAUGAAUUCGACAUGGGGAUAUUCCAUUAAGAAACCUCAAGAGAUGAAGAGUAAACAUUAUGAGAAGGUCGACAACUUUGUUGAAAGGUUUUCUCCUUUUGUUUUGAAGUACGAAUUCACUCAAGGUCAAAGUGGCUUAGUAACCACAUUAAAACCUAUUGUCGAACAUUGGUCUUACCCUCAGUUCGCAAAGGCAGUCCUUGACGAGUACAACAAAUUCUUCUCCGAAGUCAAAUCGAAAGUGAAGGUUUACUAUGAGAACAUUGACGCACUCAUGACGAACGAAGAAGGAUACAACAAACUCAUUGAAAUGGGAAUGGUCGGUGAAAAGAUGGGCUGUUUUAAGCUAGAUAAGGUAUUUUCCGAAGUUCAUGUAAUAUCGAAAAGGAAAUAUUGGGGCAUACUUGAAGACGGCACAGAAAUAAAACAUUGCAUGAAAUAA